AUGACAGAACAGAGUUAUAAUCCAUUCUCAGGGUUCGGCAGACCGGUGCGUCGUCACUCGACGGCUGCGGACAUGCGCAACGGUGGGGGUCCCAACGUGAAGGCGAUCGAACCGAUUGAUUGGGCGACGAAGUCGAUUGUGGCGGCGAAAUGGAACGUGGUAGAUGUCGAUGCGAUCCAGCGAGCGGCCGCCGCGAAGUCCAAAUCCUACCCUUGCGAUGCUCGCCACGGAGGGGGGCGGCACGGGGGGGGCCGCCGCGUUAACCGAGGCGGAGGCCACCGCGUGGCGCGAGACGCAUGGGAUUUCCAUCUUCGCGGAAAAAGGCGCCUGCCCCGCGCCCAUAAUCGCGUUCGACCAGCUCGCGCGCGAGAACGUCCCUGCGUACCUCCGCACGAAACUCGCCGCCCAGGGCUUCCAAGCACCGACGCCGGUGCAGGCGCAGUGCUGGCCGGUCCUCCUCGCCGGGCGGGACCUCGUCGGCGUCGCGAAGACGGGAUCGGGGAAGACGCUCGCGUUUGUGGUCCCGGCGCUCGCCCACAUCGCACUUCAGGAGCCGUUGCGGCCAGGGGACGGGCCGAUGUGCGUCGUCCUCGCCCCGACCCGUGA